AUGCAGGCACUGGCCAGCCGGGGUUCGUUGCGGGGAGGUCGUCGAGGGGCGCCGCCCGGGGUCGGGGGUGGGGGUGUCCCUGAGAGUUUCGCCGCUUCGGGGGCUGCCCCUGAAGUUCAGGGAGUUUGGGGCGAGUGCCCCAGCGCCGAGGCGGAGGCGCAACGAAUCUCGGCGGGGCCCGGGCGCGCCGGGCGGCACGGCUCGGGGCCCGGGCCCGCAAAGGUCGGCCGCGCGCCACAGCCUUUUCUCCGGCCGCCGCGCAGCCCCUCCUCGCAGCGGCCGGAGCCCGCAGGGCCCGCGCCUUCCCGCGCUACGGCCGCCGCCGAGGCCGUCACAUGCCGUCCGCGGCGCCCAGGCAGUCCGCGCGGAGGGGCGCCGGCAGGCCUCGUCCCCGCGCAGAGCCGCUCGCAGCCCCUCGCCCCAAAGUUUCAGCCGCAGAAGCAGUUUCCAGAAGGGGCCGACUCAGGGGGCGAGGCGGUGGCGGAGCUGGCGUGUCAGCGCCGCUGCGAGAGCGCGCCGACCCUGCCGGGUCGCGACAGCCCCCGGCUCGGCUAUCGGGACACGUCCACAACUUUGCUCCGCCACGGAGCGGACGCGGGGCAGCGGGAGCAGGCACUUCUGAGCCCACUGGGCAGGGGGCUUCCUGGGCUCGCGGGAGCUGAGGGAUGCCCCAGCCGCGGUCCGGAGCCGGGCGCCGUCCGCGACCAGCCGCGGCAGGGCGGCUGCAGCUGCGCCCGGGAGUGCGGACUUCCGCCCCGCCAACUCGCUGGCGUCCUCUCAGCGGCCGCUCCAGACGGGCCGCUGCCGCCGCCGCAGGCUGAGCCGCCGCCGCCGCCGCCGAGCCUGCGCUCCACACGCGCGCACACCCGCCCGGACGCCUCCGCCGCCGCCGCCGCAGCUCCGCUUUCACUGAGACAGCGCCCGCGGCCCCGCCUCCCUCCGGGCCACGCCCUCGGGCCACGCCCACUGCGCGCGCCCCGCGGUCCACCUCCGCCGCGGCGCCGCAGCCAGGCCAAUGGCCUCGCGUCCGUGGGUAGCGAGCGCGGGGCCUAA